UAAUCAUUGAGUUAUGUCUUUCAGUUUAUAUUGUUCUUUCUUUGUCUAUGUUCUCUUACUUUGUUGCAUAUUGUUUUCUGCACGAGGUAAAAACAAAGACAGGAUACCCGUUCCUUAUCAAAAGGUGGGAAUCUUGCAUCUGGUGAUUCUGGCCAUUAUCUAUCUCUUGUUCGAAAAACUUGGAUUUGAUCAAUGUGACAAAGUAGAGAGAUCAGGAUGCGUUUCGACUCUUGGAGCUGAAUGCCGCAUUUCAUUCGCAGUGCCAUGUACCUUGUGCUAUAUGAUCCUGGGGGAGGCCAAAUGCUUGGAGCUUCGGAGUUGGCUAUUAUUUCUUGGAAGGAAGCAUCAUGAUGUGCUUGUUGCCUGGAGAGUUCCGUGGCUAGUACGCAGUGUAUUCAGAUUGGAAUGUGUAUGUAUGGGUGAUCCAUGUAAUUGCAAGAUGUGGGUCUUUCUCACUCGUAUGAGUCCAAGUUCAGGUAAAAACAGAGACAGGGUACCCUUUCCUUAUCAUAAGUAACCUGAAAUUUCCCAUUUCACCAGCAUCAUAACAUGGAGGCACAGUCGUUACGGUGUUUAGAAGCUGCGUCCAAUGCUGAAUGCUAUCGUGGUCUGUGCCUGCUCCGCAUUCCCAAUUGGUUAAACGUUUUGUAUUGCUCUUUUCGUUUAUAUGCAUCCUAGUGAAAUACGCAGGUUACAUCGUGGUCAUCUGGGUCAGUGCUUCGUUCUGAUAUAGCUGCUGAAUCUUGGUCUCAAUAUCCCCGAUGAGCUCGUUUUUUUACUUCCCUGUCGUUCUUGUUUGCUAUUUAGAAUCUGGUCUCUCUGGCAUUUCAUCUUUACAUAUGACGUGAUGGAACAGUCCCUGUUAUGCCACUGGGCCAAGUUCUUGAUUCUUUUCCAAGCACCGAUCCUCAGGGCACUCUCUUUUGGUGCAUGUGCUGUUCCAUGGAGUAACAGUCGAUGCUCUCUCGUGUCUUAAUUUGUCAUGCUUGGUAAUACAACAACUUUUGGAGCUGAAUGCCACAUUUCUUUUGCAGUGCCACGCACGUUGUGCUCUGUGAUCCUGGGGGAGGUCAAAUGCUUGGUGAGUUAUCUUGUGGUGCUUAAUACCAUAGUUCACUUGCAUUGCCAUGCACAUGUUGCUUCGUGAUCUCGGUCAAAUUAUUGGUAUUUGACUAGUGUCUCAGCAAAUGUGGACCCUGAAACUGUUGCGUUCACUCCGGGCAUCAUUUUCCCAUGGGUUCACAUCUUACACUUUGUACUUUCAUACUAUUGUUCGCUGGUCGAGGUAAGGUGAUAUAGCCGUUUCUUUAUUUGGUUGGUUUCUGGGAAAUGUAUGUCAUAACAUGUUGGUUCUCUGCCUCUUUUUCGAGCGUAUAUGCCUCACUUUUCAGGGGAUUGUUUCUUUUGUCGCGCCUCUCUCCCGAAGUAAAGGAAGAUGAGUGAGGUUAGUAGUUUUUUUUUUCAAACAUGAGAUGAAUAGUAGAGUGGUCGUUUUAUUUACAUGUCAUUUCCUUGAUCUACGGGAGAACUUUCCCAAUCGGCAUAUAUAUAUACACAUUAUCCCAAACCCCAAAUGGCAAUCAUUAUGUGUUUUGGGAAAAAAACAUACAUCUAAUAUUAAAUGCUUUGUCGGCCGUUGUGUGUAUGUUAUAUCAUUGAAAAUGGAAGAGCGCUUCAAGUCCAUAUAAAAAAAUCCUUUCUAGAAGUGAUCGGUGGUACCAAAGGCAAAGACGUGGGGACAUAUAUGGUAUAUGGUGUGUAGACAUUAGUUGGACUUGGUCCAAUAUUCCCAGCCGAAACACCGCACGUGGCAAAGACCCAUUACAUCCCAUUUGGCAAUUAGAGCUUAGGGUUUAGGUUUAUCGGGAACACAAAACCUUGGAUACCUGGUGAGUUGUUUAGUUCUGAUUGGUCGAACAUGCUUCAUUUGCUGAUUGUGAUUUGUCUGUCAUUCGUUUUAUCUUAUUUUAGGGUUUCUUCGGGAAUAGAGACAGAAGUGGGAGCACAACCCCUGCGUUUCUCUCUUUAUUUAUUUAUUUUGGUAAAACGUUUCUCUCUUUAUUAAAGCAAGGUAAUCAAUCCAUUGUUUUUUUUUAAAUAUAAUAUUUUAAUGGUUGAGGAAAAUUAUCCGAAACCUACAAUGUUUUAAUUAAAUUGUGUUAAAA